CACGACCUUUCGGUCCAACCCCUUUUAGUGUGCUAGGUUAAGCACGACGCUCAACCAACUGAGCUAGCCCGAGGAGGCUCCGUUACCAUUCAGUGGCCCGCAGGAUCGAGUCCGCAACCAAUUAAGGACAAGGGUCCGAACUAGCAUGAGGAGGAGCUAUCUUUAAGGAGCUGCAGCGCAAUGGUGCCCAUCUGUGCACAGCAUGCAUUGCGAUUUGCACAUGCCUUGAUGAACCAUAUUUUGAAAUUUGAGACGCAGUGGCGGCUGAGGGUGCGGCUACCACUAGACUUGAUGCCACCUUUGAUGGUAGACCCUUCCGUCCUCCAGAAUGUGGCAUACAUUGAGGUCCUGACUUCGAGGCACUGGUGAUUGUUUGUUGGUUGAGUUGACGAAGUACUGGCGAUGGCUUUGCGGCGCGCGCUCCUUUCAUUGAAGGCACCCAGCUUUCACGCGCCAUCUCGGGCAUUGACGAGCAGUCACAUGAUUGCUGAUUUGUCUCUUGAUCGAGACAUUGCCGAGGAAAGUGGUUGCAGUGAAGCGCAGGAAAGGCCUGCCUGUGCACCCAGCUCUGAAGCGCCCUCCACAUCGUACACUCCGUCUCCGCCCUUCCCGCUGUUCCACUUGCACCGGGCAGCAUUCCACCAUGCUGUAGUGCACGCCGCGCCCGAGGCAGCUGCGCUGAGCUCUGGCGUGUCUCCGAGUGCCCUGGCGUCCAUGGUGGCAGCGGGUCAGCAAAUGAAGUCAGGGGGGACAGGCGGGGGGGGCACAACUCCAGGCACCAAGAACGGCCUCUGGAGGGGCGAACCUAUGAAGCAGCUCACCAUUGGGCUCAAGCGCAUCGGGGGCCGCAAUAACACGGGUCGCACCACCAUCUGGCACCGCGGCGGGGGCCACAAGCGGCUAUACCGCGUGAUUGACUUCAAGCGGCAGGGCCCGCUGGUGAACGACGUGCCAGCGAUGGUGCAGCGCAUCGAGUACGACCCCAACCGCAAUGCGCACAUUGCUCUCAUUCGCUACGUCAGCGGGCACGUGGCGUACAUCCUGGCGCCAGAGGGGCUGGCGGCGGGGGACCCGGUCAUGGCGGGGCAGCACGUGGACAUCAAGCCGGGGAAUGCGCUGCCCCUUGGAAACAUACCCAGGGGUACUGUGAUCCACAACAUCGAGCUGACCCCCGGGCGAGGCGGGCAGCUGGUGCGGGCGGCUGGGGCGUCCGCGCAGCUCAUUGGCCAAGUGGACCGCUACUCCCAGGUCCGGCUUCAGAGCGGGGAGAUGCGCAUGAUCCUGGCCAAGUGCAUGGCCACGGUGGGCAGUGUGUCGAACGCCAACUACCACAACAUCAGUUGGGGCAAGGCCGGCAAGUCGCGCUGGCUGGGGUGGCGACCAACGGUGCGCGGUGUGGCCAUGAACCCUGUGGACCAUCCCCACGGAGGUGGUGAGGGUAAGACGUCGGGGGGGCGGAAGGGCAGCAUGUCGCCUUGGGCGAAACCGGCAAAGGGGGGCAAGACGAGAAACAAGAAGAAGGCCAGCACAAAGCUGAUCAUGUCGCGACGGAAAAAGCUGUCAGCAAGGUAGUGCCAUCCAGAACCUUGGCUUCGAUACAUCCAGCCUUGUGUAGACUACAUGAGGGACGAGUUCGUAGGUAUCUGCCUAGCCUGCUCGAGCAGCUCGUAAGGUUUAUGCUUGAACCUGCUUGCUGCAGUCGCUUAAGUUGUCGCUUUUAUGAUGGCACAACUUGAAGUUGGCACAUCGUAUUACCAUCACCUUGAAGCAAGGAAAGUACUCCACCAAUCAGCUAACUAGUGUGCAUCGAUAUUAUUAGCCGGCGCUAACUUCAGCUAGCUAGCCUAGUCGAAAUCAACCGUGAUGGAGUCAGGAUAUAUCUGCUAAGUUGUGUUCCGAGCUUCGUUGAACCUGGAUACUGCCCAUUGUGACGCGCCUUAAGCUAGUGUUCCGUGCGGGCCAUUGGCUGAAGCUUGAAGUAUUUUCUUGCCCCUG